CGCCACCCUCGCCGCUUUAGUUUCUCGUCGCUCCUUUUAUUACGCCUCUCGGCUGGAAUUCAACCAACAUCUCCUCCGUGCCGUAGGUCGCCAAUGCGCCGCUCGCGCGAAAAAGAUCACGACAGCCAGCAAUCCCAGAGCGAUCGGUCCCUCUCGUGUCCCGCCGCGCAAGGCGUAAUCCGGGCCGACGAUGCCCAAGAACAGCGUGCUGUCUUCCGAGACAGAGUUGCAAGAUGGAAUCUACGAGUUGACGAGUCGCGCUGCUGCGCCCGUCUCUGCCCGCACCGAUGAGGCCGACGCGAAAUCGACGAAGACUAUGGCGACUGUCGGCGGCGCUGCUCCCUUAUUGGGCACAUCGAAAGCGGCCUCCGCGUCCGACGGACCCGUCCAGGCCGGGAACCUCGAGGACCACUACCCCGAGGGCGGCAUCCGGGCUUGGCUAGUCGUCUUGGGGUGUUGGCUCGCCCUGUUCACGUCGCUCGGCUUCAUGCAUAUCCUGGCAACCUUCCAGGCCUAUCUAUCACCCGCCCAGCAGAUCCAAUUGAGACCCGGGCCCGUUGCGGGCGCUAUCUUCGGCUACGCCUCCCUCAGUCUCCUGCUAGGCAUCUACGUCGGGCCGCUCUUCGACAAGUACGGUCCUCGGUGGCUCAUCUUGGCCGGCACCGUGUGCUCGGUCGCGAGCCUGCUGUUCGUCAGCAUCGGCACUGAGGAUUGGCAGCUCUUCGUCGCUCUCGGCAUCCUCAGCAGCCUGGGGAGCGCUUUUCUCUUCACCCCCGCCAUCGCCGCGGUCGGCCAUUUCUUCAAGGACCGCCGGGGCUUCGCGACCGGCGUUGCUACCACAGCGUGCUCCGCCAGCGCCGUCGUGUUCCCCUUCAUCCUGCAGGCGCUGUUCGUCCGCGUCGGCUGGGCGUGGGCCAUGCGAGCUCUCGCGCUCAUCUGCUUCGCCAUCACCGUCGCCGCCAACUUCCUCAUCCGCGCGCGGCUGCCCGCCGCGAGGGACGCCAACCCGCAUCCCCAUGGCCGCGUCUUCCGCACCAAGGGCUUCGCAGCGACCGUCCUCGCCGUCGUCCUGGCGCAGUUUGCCUCCUUCCUCCCGCUGUCCUACAUGUCGAGCUACGCGCUGAGCAAGGGCUUCAGCGAGGCCGACUCGUUCAACACCGUCGCUAUCCUGAACGCGAGUUCGCUAGUUGGCCGUGUUGUCGGGGGCUGGUCGGCAGACAAGAUCGGCCCGUUCAACGUGAGCGCCAUGCUCUCGGCGAUCGCGGCGCUCGCGUGCUUCGGCAUCUGGUUGCCCGCGGGAGGCACCAAGGCUGGUAUUACCAUCUUCGCCGUUAUCUUUGGCUGCGCCAGCGGGAGCAGUGUCAGCCUCGUGCCCGUAUCGGUUGGCCGGCUGUGCAAGACGCAGGAAUACGGGCGAUACUAUGGCGCUUGCUACACGGUUGCGUCUCUGGUUUCCUUGUUCGCGAUCCCCGCCGCUGAGGGGGUGCUGAGGGAGGAUCUGGGGUCGUACUGGGCGUUGAUUGUCGUCACGGGGAUGUUCUACGUUGCGGCCGCGGCCACUUUUGUCGCCACGAAGCUUACUGUCACUGGGUGGCGGAUAUGGGCGGCGUUUUGAAGGUCACGGACGCUACUUGCUUGGGAGAACAGCCCGUUUUUGUUGGGAACGGUACUGCUGGCCAUACCGCGGCUUCCUGACAUAAGACUGACUCCUGUAUUGAACGGCAUACUCGGCACGUUCGCUUUUUCGGACGUCAACAGCGAGCUUCAAGGCUGGCCGCUGGCUUACGGGCGGUCCAAGCUGACGGAGAUUCUUCUAGCUAGAGAAGAGACACCACUCUGACAGAGGUCCGGUGUCCUCUCCGCCGGAGAAG